ACUAAUGACCUAAACGGUGCCGCCAUUUUGAAAAGUAGGUACUGUUGGUGAAAGUUGAGACUAGCUUGACACGAAUGGCUUAGCAAACAGAUGAACGCCGUUAAAGUUUCGAGUAUCUACAGGACACAAGCUGCAAAACAAAGAACCCCCUUGUUGUCUUGAGAAGCCAGGACAAGUCACAGUUUAGAUCGGAGCAACAUAAUUUCCACCAUAUUGCUGGGUAGAACGUAGUGGUGUAGCACAGUUCUUCAGCAUGGAUGGUCCAUCAAUGCAGACAAUCUCACAAGCGAUCACUAACCCUGACUACUGGGUGGACAAGCUUCGGUUUGAGGACCCGGAGACAUUUAAGGAGCUGUGUGGAGGGAUGCUGACACGCUUCCUGGACCUGCCUGGGUCUGAGCUGAGUAGAGUACUGGGGACCAGUCCAGUCAAGGACAACAGGAGGAGAUUCCUCGCAAGGAAGAAAGUGACCCAACAGGCUGAGAACACAGUUCUGGCAACUUGGCUUGCCUUGCGGAAACUUAAGUCUGAACAAACAGGUGGAGUGUUUGGUGCCCCACUGACAGAAGAAGGUCUGGCCCAGAUCCAUCAACUGAUCGACUUUCUGGGAAAUCAUACCCAUGUAGAGGGAAUCUUCAGAAUUCCUGGGAACUCCCACCGGCAGCAGCGGCUGAAGGACAGCCUAAACAGCGGGGUUGACAUUGACCUUGAGCUGGGAGAGUUCACGCCCCACGAUGUGGCCAGCGUGCUGAAGAUCUUCCUGGGAGAGUUGCCCGAACCCCUGCUCACCACCCGACAUUACCCAGCAUACCUCCAGGUCCCAGAUAUGAUGCUGUUUGACAAAAGUGUGAAGACGGACAAGCCCAACAAGGAGCGUCAGAUUGAGACGUAUCAGCUGCUGUUCUGGCUGCUGCCCAACGUGAACCGUAAGCUGCUCCAAGCCGUGCUGUCCCUGCUGUACAGGACUGCCCAGGCACAGAAGGACCACAAGAACAGGAUGUCUGCUCACAACCUCGGGGUCAUGUUCGCUCCUCAUGUUCUCUGGCCAAGAAGUUUAACCAUUGCAGACCUGAAGGACAAUGUGAACAAACUGAACGGUGCUGUGGCUUUCAUCAUCAAACACUCCCAGAGGGUGUUCCUGGCACCUGCCCAGUUGCGGGCCCAGUGCAGGUUGUAUUACGCUGCUAAAGAAAAGACUGAAACCCAGCAGAGUACUAGUACCACAGCGUCACCUUCAGAUGAGGUAGCCCAGAACAGGGCCAAGAAGAGGCCACAUGAAGAUGGAGAGAGUAAGACCCAGACAGACCUGGCCUUGGCACAGCUGUACGCACACGUCCAGUCCAUGCCAGACUCGCACAAGAAGAGAAAAUACAUCAAACAGUUUAAUGAACAGUCCAACUGCACGCCGGGAUCACCAAACCACAAGUUGUUACCCAGGACCCGCGGCAAGCAUGUCAGGAGCAAGUCUUGGGGAGCUGCCAUCACAAAGCUUUUUGCAAGUAACAAACCGCAGACACAGACGAAAAGUGGGGCUCACUCUGACCCCAGGAAGUCUUCGCAGACACCGACAUCUGACCGGAUCGGAGCCAGGAUCAGCAGUCACGCGGAGAUCAACACACCGGGCGCCAUCUGUAGGAGCGCACAGAAAACUCAGGAUGCACAGGAGACUCCUGCCAAGAAAACUAUGAUUCCAACAGCAUUUUCUCAGGCUCAGCAGCUUGCUGAAAAGGUAUGUUACUUAUUAGUGAUGUGUGAUAUUGUUCAACAGUACAAACUAUUUCCUUUGUAUUUAGAGUUGUUCUGCAAUCUUCUAUGUCUAGGAUGGACAUCAAUAACUUCGUAUAAGUUGUCAUAUCUAAGUUGA